AUGAUUCCAUCUUUUUCGAAGCUUUUUGUCCCGCUCGUAAUCUUUCUGUUGCUUGAUAACGCACUUGGUGCGACACCCAGUGAUUGGAGAAGCCGUUCCAUUUACCAAGUUUUCACGGAUCGAUUCGCAAGAACUGAUGGGUCAAACACAUAUUGUGCCCCAGGAUAUGGGGGUUUUUGUGGUGGAACCUGGCAGGGAAUUAUCAACAAACUAGAUUAUAUUCAGGUAACUUAUCUUUCUAGAAUGAUGAGGAGCCGUCAAAUUUCUAAUGGGGUUCACUCGAUAGGACAUGGGCUUCACGGCCGUUUGGAUUUCACCUAUUGUGGAACAAGUCGCGGACCAGGCCAGAGCUUAUCACGGAUAUUCAGCGACGAAUAUUUAUGGUUUGAAUGGAAAUUUUGGUUCGGCCUCGGAGCUGAAGGCUCUGUCCAAGGCUUUACAUGACCGCGGAAUGGUAACAAGAUAUCUUGAAUGGGCUUUGAAAUAUGACGAGCUGAUGUAAAAGUAGUAUUUCAUGGUAGAUGUCGUCGCAAAUCACAUGGCAUGGGAUGGUAAAUCCGAUAACGUCGAUUACAGCAAACUGGCCCCCUUCAACAAGAAGGAAGAUUUCCAUGUCAAUCCCAUAUGUUUUAUUUCCAAUUAUGAGAAUCAACAGGAGGUUGAAGAAGUAAGUACUGAAGAAUUUUCUUCCCAAAUUAAGCUUAAUAAUUUUAGUGUUGGUUGGGCAACAAUGAUUAUCCACUUCCAGAUCUAAACACGAAAACAGAAAAUGUUCGAAACCUGUUUAGCGAGUGGGUCUCCUGGUUCGUGGACGAAUACUCAAGUACUGCUAAUUCCCCUGGUCCCUUCUCAACCAUAACUAACAGGAGACAGUCGACGGUCUCCGAAUAGACACAGUAAAACAUGUCGAGAAAUCGUUCUGGCCCGGUUUCAACACUGCUUCGAAGGUAUUUAAUCUGGGCGAAGUAGCUUCUGGAGAUAUUUCGUAUCUCUGCGAUUAUCAAAAUUACAUGGAUGGCCUCCUGAAUUAUGGUGCAUAUUAUCAGAUCACACAGUUCUUCUCGAAUCCUCAAGCUACAUCCUCGAAUCUUGUUAAUGCUAUUGAUGCUUUGGGCACCAACUGUAAAGACGUAUCCGUCCUCGGUUCUUUCACGGAGAAUCAUGACCAGGGACGCUUUGCAAAUCUUACGGGUGACAUGAUGGUAUGUUGCCGACCACCAUGAAACUAAAGACCCUAAUGACUUAUCGUCGAAUCUAGCUCGCAAAGAAUGCAAUUGUGUACACGAUGCUUGCAGACGGUAUUCCUAUCAGUAGGACCCCCUUUACUUGCUCUGUUCAUACUCUUUACAUAAGCAAACAACAGACUAAUACUACUGCAGUCUAUCAAGGCCAAGAACACCAUUUUUCCGGUUCUGCAGAUCCCUACGACCGUGAAGCACUCUGGCCAACGAACUACGAUACCACGGGACCCUUGUACCAAUUCGUCAAGCAACUAAACGCCAUCCGUUCCCUGGCUCUCGCUAAGUCAACAAACUAUCUAACUACGAGACAGAAAGUGGUUUACUCAGAUGAUCAUGUUGUUGCAAUCAGUAAAGGUGAACCCACCGCGAUGACACUGAUGGUUCUGGCAAACUCGGGGGAGAAGGCGACACAGAGACGUUUUAUGAUUGAGAACGUGGAUUUCGAGAGAGGCCUGAAGGUUGUAGAAUUGUUUAGUUGCACAGAAGCUGUUGUCGGUGAUAUUGGCAGUUUAGAGAUUGUCCAAAGUGGCGAAGCUUUA